AUGCGCAUUCCCUCUCUGUCACUCCCUUUGACCCUACUUGUGGGUACUGCUGCCGCCUACCCUCAUCCUGAACCAGAGCCGAUCCUGCGUCGCGACUCCGAUAUUCAAGUCAAAGCCGAUGCUGUUAAGGAAGCCUUUCAACAUGCCUGGGAUGGUUAUGUGAAAUAUGCUUUCCCGCACGACGAGCUGCACCCAGUAAGCAAUGGUUAUGGUGACUCCAGAAAUGGAUGGGGUGCUUCGGCCGUUGAUGCGCUUUCAACUGCUAUUGUAAUGGGAAACAAAGAUGCUGUGAACAAGAUUUUGGAUCAUAUCACUACCAUCGACUUUUCCAAGACCGACAGUGAGGUCAGUCUUUUCGAGACUACCAUCCGGUAUCUGGGUGGUAUGCUGUCUGGAUAUGACUUGCUCAAAGGCCCUGCAUCGAAUCUCGCUUCUUCAUCAGACCAGGUAAAUGCCUUGCUCUCCCAGUCAAAGAAAUUGGGCGAUGUUCUCAAGUACGCGUUUGAUACCCCGUCUGGGGUGCCAUACAACAAUCUCAACAUUGCUACCCUGGGCAAUGAUGGUUCAACUACCAAUGGUCUUGCAGUGACUGGAACUCUGGUUCUGGAGUGGACGCGAUUGUCUGAUCUGACCGGCGACGAUGAAUAUGCCAAGCUCAGUCAAAAGGCUCAGUCAUAUCUGAUUAAUCCCCAGCCAUCGAGUGGAGAGCCAUUCCCAGGUUUAGUGGGAAGUAGCAUCAACAUUUCCAACGGUCAUUUCACUGACGGCGCUGUCUCCUGGAACGGAGGUGACGACUCGUUCUACGAAUACUUGAUAAAGAUGUACGUGUAUGACCCUAAGCGGUUCGAGUCAUACAAAGACCGUUGGGUUUUGGCAGCCGAAUCAACCAUCAAGCACCUGACAUCACACCCUACGACCCGCCCAGAAUUGACCUGGUUGGCGUCAUACUACAACGGCCAAUACGAUCUCAGCUCGCAGCACCUAACCUGCUUUGAUGGCGGCAGUUUCAUCUUGGGUGGCACCGUCUUGGACCGACAGGACUUCAUCGACUUUGGUCUAGAGCUUGUGAAUGGCUGUGAGGCUACCUACAACCAGACCUUGACUGGAAUCGGACCAGAUUCAUGGGGCUGGGACCCGAAGAAGGUACCAAAUGACCAGAAAGAUUUCUACCAGAACGCCGGCUUCUACAUCAACAGCGGCUCAUAUGACCUGCGUCCCGAAGUCAUCGAGAGCUUCUACUACGCAUACCGUGUUACUGGAAAUGAGAUGUACCGUGACUGGGUCUGGAACGGCUUCAAGGCUAUCAAUGCCACCUGCCGCACUGAUUCAGGCUUUGCUGCCGUGAGCAACAUCAACACUUCAGGUGGUGGUUCCAAGUACGAUAACCAAGAGAGUUUCCUUUACGCCGAGGUCAUGAAGUAUGCGUACCUCGUGCACGCAGAAGAUUCUCCCUGGCAAGUUCAGAAGGGCAACAAAAACACUUUUGUGUUCAACACCGAGGCACACCCUAUGAGUGUCGCACAUACCUAG